CAGCAAAGCUCUUGUUGUGCUGGGAGCCUGAAGGAGGCCAAACGCGGACCUAAAGUUGGAGACCUGAUUGAGAUUUUUCGCCCUGACUUUCAGCACUGGGCCGUCUAUGUGGGAGAUGGCUAUGUGGUCCACGUGACUCCCUCAGGUGAAAGGGAAAGAGCUGUUUCAGGCAGCACCAAAUCUGUCCCGAGGGAGAAGGUCGUAGCGAAGAAGGAGCUACUGGACGACGUGGCGGGGAGAGACAAGUACCAGGUCAAUCACAUGCACGAUCGCCAGUACUCAGCGCUGGCUCCCGACCAAAUCGUGCGGCGGGCGGAGCAGCAUGUGGGACAGGAGGUGCCCUAUUUGAUGCACAGGGGGAAUUCCAGGGACUUUGCGAUCGAUAUGCGCUACGAAGUGACCACUAGCCUCAGCUUGCCGAAGAGGACUUUGCAGGACAAGUGACAGCAGUUCUCCUGGCUGCCAUGUUGGUCAUUGGGAUCCAGCAGGCCGGGAGCCAGCAGAAAAAGCCUUCCGUUCAAUGGCAACCCAUCAGAAUGGAGAAAUGUUGCUUGGCCAGCAGGCGUGGAGUUUGGUUUAUUGAUUUCACUCUGUUUUGUGAUCAUGGAGGCUUAUUUUAACAAAGCUAAAUAAAAGCCCAGGAAAUUA